AACUGCACGGCUCCAAUAUCUCCAGACCGGAGCGCACGCGUGGAGCGCGCACUGUCUCUCAGAGUAACGACACUCACCGUCCGGUGUAAAGUCACUUGAGCCGAGCCAGCAUCUGCGACUAAGAGGUGAAAAUGGCCGAAGACAUUAAAGCCAAACUUGAGAAAUACCGCACCGCUCCCUUUGACGCCAGAUUCCCCAACCAGAACCAGACCAGGAACUGCUGGUCCAACUACGUGGACUACUACCGCUGCCAGAAAGCUUUGGAUGCCAAGGGAUUAGACACCCAGCCCUGCGAGUGGUACAAAAGGGUCUACAAAUCGCUGUGCCCCAUGUCCUGGAUCCAGAAAUGGGAUGAGCAGAGAGAAGAUGGGACCUUUCCUGGAAAAAUCUGAGGCUUGAGCAUUUCGAAUGCCGAUAGUCUGCAGAGAUGUAAUCUUUUCAGUAGAAUGUUUGUACGAGUGGUAUAAAACCCGCGGUGUGCCUUUCCACUAAUGCUCUGUCCUGAGAGCACACCGAAACUGAAUGGUCAUUCCUUAAAGAUAACAUGAAAUGUACAG